AUGGAAUUUCCAUGGAUACUCUCACUAAUAACAUUAACUAUUUCUCUCACAAUUACCAUAUUUAUAAAGCUUAUAAACAAAAACCCAUCAAAAAAUUUACCACCAGGACCUCCAAAACUACCAUUAAUAGGCAAUCUCCAUCAACUAGCUUCAAAAACCACCCUCCCACACCACCGCUUAGCGGAGCUAGCAAGGGUGCACGGUCCUAUCAUGUACCUUCAGCUAGGUCAAGUUCCGACAGUCGUGAUUUCGUCGUCAAAAAUGGCGAAGGAAGCAUUGAAAACCAAUGAUUCAGUUCUUUGUAGUCGGCCUAAUUUGUUAACACCUGAAAUACUUUUUUAUAAAUCAAGUGACAUUGCAUUAGCGCCUUAUGGUGAGUAUUGGCGACAAGUGCGGAAGAUAGCAACACUGGAACUGUUCACGGCCCGUCGAGUUCAUGGGUUUCAUUCGUGUAGAGAAGAAGCUGUAAUGGAUUUCUUUCAAUCUAUGCUUCCUGAGGUUAAGGCCGGCUCUGUUAUCAACCUUACUAGCAAACUUUUCAACCUUAGCUUUGAUAUUAUUUUGAGAGUAGCAAUAAAUAAAAAAGCGAAAGACGGAGAAGCAUUUAGAAAACUAGUUGCAGACGUGGCGGAGCUGAUCUCUGGAUUUUCAAUCGGCGAUCUGUAUCCAUCGCUAAAGUCCAUAAGUAGUAUUUCUGGGAUGAAAGCCAAAUUGCAAAGAAUGGUGACAAGGAUGGACAAUCUAAUGGAACCCAUAAUUGACGAACAUUUAAUGAACAAGAAACAUAACCAUGAAGAUGGAGAUUUGGUUGAUAUACUUUUAAAUUAUUACAAGGAUCACAAACAUCUUCACAAUAAGUUCCAUCUCACAAAAGAUAACAUCAAGGCUAUUGUUUUUGAGUUGUUUGGUGCUGGAGGAGAGACAUCUUCAACCGUCAUAGAUUGGACAAUCGCAGAAUUGUUGAAGAAUCCAACGGUAAUGAAAAAGGCACAAAAUGAGGUUAGACAAGUAUUACAAGAAAAUAUUAUAAUGGUGGACAAGUCAAGUCUAGAAAAGCUUACAUAUUUAAAAUGCAUUAUCAAGGAGACAUUAAGGCUUCACCCACCCUUACCUUGCUUGGUACCAAGAGAAUCAAUGAGGGAAUGUAAAAUAAAUGGAUAUGAUAUACCUUCAAAAACUCGAGUUAUUCUCAAUGCGUGGGCUAUCGGAAGAAAUCCUGAGUGUUGGAAAGAUCCUGAAAAGUUUGAUCCCGAAAGAUUUGUUAAUUCUUCAAUAGAUUACAAAGGAAAUAAUUUUGAAUUAAUCCCGUUUGGUGCGGGAAGAAGAAUAUGUCCCGGAAUGGGACUUGGUAUAGCUAAUGUUGAACUGGUUUUAGCUAUGUUACUUUAUCAUUUUGAUUGGAAAUUGCCUGAUGGGAGUAAACAAGAAGAUAUUGAUAUGAAUGAAGCAUUUGGUAUAGUUGGGAGGAGGAAAGUGGAUUUGAAAGUAAUUCCUGUGCUUCAGCCUUUAUCGGGGUUUAAAUGAUUAAUCGAUCUCACUGUUACAUGACUCGCUAAUUGUCUCUUGAAUUGCGAUUUGUGAAUCAGAAAAAGUGAAUCGAUUUUAUGCUAUUUUGAAUCAUUUUAAGCGAAUCGCAAAUUUCAAAGACGAACAAACUAGCGAAGUAUGUUUCACUGAUCUAUCUUUCUUUUACUCAUUCAU